UCUCGCUUUGACGCUCAUGGAUGCGGAGAUUAAGAAACAAGGGAAACUUGUCUGUCUGUCUUAUCGUCCAAGCCUCUGCACUGUCUGUCUAUCAGAAUCAGAUACCCAUCCUUGUGUGUUCCGAGCUGUGUGUGCCUCUCGCUAGCUUGCCACUCCGCUGAGGAAGGUGCCCGGCUGACAGCCAGUAAGUCGGCCGCGCAGACAGACAGCCCAGCAGCGUCGCACGCGAUCGACACACACACACACACACUGCCACACACAGCUGGCCACACCAUACGCAAGGUAGAGUCAGCUCGCGACAAGACAAACGACCAAAGCACGCCUCAUCUCGUCCCGCGGACACGCACAAGCAGCUUGUUAACCAGCCCCCAUCCCAUUCAGCCACCCACACCACACACCAGCCACCACCCUUCUAGUCAUCAUCUCUCACACCCGUCGCACCCGUCGCCUUGUUCGUUCACUCCUUCUUCUGGGUCUUGAUCUCCCCGUCAGCGCUUCGUUUCACCACCCCAGUGCCACUGCCAGCCGCUGUGCCCUCACCGGUGGCAUCACCGGCCCCUGCUACUGCUGCUGCUGCUGGUGCAUCUUGCAUGAUUGUGUCGUGUGCGGGUGCAGGUGGCUGCUCUUGCUCGGGGUUCUCGCCUCCCCCUGUCUGCUCGGGCGCCUGCUGCUCCUCUCCCUGCGCCUUGGUGUCUGCUGCAGGGGCUGGCUUGUUGGUGGUCUCCUCAGGCUUGUUCUCGUCUGGUUUGUCGCCCUCCUUCUUGUCGCUCUCUUGACCCUCUGCAGCCUUCUCCUCCUCUCCCUCUCCCUCGGCAGCCUCGCCCUCGUCUUCCUCCUCCUCCUUCUGCUCUUCCUGGGGCUCCUCAUCCUCACCGCGCAAGACUCCAUCCAUGAUCUGACAGACACACCCAUGGCAGAACGGCAGGGCGGUGGGUGCGUGUGUGUGGGUGUGUCCACCCACCCUCUCGUAUAUGUCCUGGUCCUUGGCGAGGAAGGUGCAGAACACAACGCGAUCGACACUCGCAUAGUUGUCGGCAUCGCUCAACCAGUCACGCACCGCGCCGAGUGCCACCUGUGUGUGGGGUGAGAACGAGCAAUGGGUCAACGGAGGAAUUCGCUUUUCCAUGCACCUGUGUGCCACGCCGUGCCAUGUCCUGUACUGCUGACCCACCUUUGCCGCUCGAGCAUUCGGAUACCCAAAGAUGCCCGUGCUGAUGCAGCAAAACACUAUGCUACGCAGACCAUUCUCCUGAUACAUCCACACACACACACACACACACAGCCAUUCAAGAAGCUGUCCGCCACACUUUGUCCCGUGUGUGUGUGCGUGACACCUUGAGAAUGUUGAGGGAUGUCGUGUAGCAGCUCCGCAACAAGGCGGGCUUCUCGCCUGCAGCCAUUCAUGACAGCAAACGAGUUUCAGACUCCCCUGAUGCGUACGUCAUGCUCUCACUGACCGAUAGGCCCGACGGCGUGGAUAAUGUGCGUGGCGGGCAGUCUGAAGCCCGGUGAGAUCUUGGCGCUGCCGGUGUCGCAGCCGCCCAGUGUCCUGCAGUAGCGACGGAGCUCAUCGCCGGCCUUGUCGUGGAUGGCCCCGUCCACACCGCCACCGCCCAGCAGACUCCUGCCAUGCACGACACGAUCGCAUAAGUGGGGCGCGGGCAGCUGGCUUUCUCGUGUUGUGUGAUGUGCCCCUCUCCCUCCCUCCCUCCCCUACUGGUUUGCGGCGUUGACGAUGGCAUCGCACUUGAGGCUUGUGAUGUCACCCUGAUACAGACUCACUUUGCGCAGCGGGCUGUUCUCGGGGUCGGUAUCGGUCGCACGCGUGGGGAAGUCCAGCACAUCGACCGCCCGCCGCCGAGCCGCGCUACCCGACUGACGGCUGCCACCGAACAAGAAACCUGCAGUCAGUCAAUAGGAAUACACAAACAUCAUGACGUGUCUGAGUGCCGGGAUAGUAUGCGGCCGACCUGCCAUGACGAGAAAGGAUCCUGGAGCAGCUUGCUUGACGCGAUGGCAGCUGACGACGGCGAAUUUCGAAGGCUGCAGGAAGCGGUGGAGCAUGCGACACGGGACAGUCAGCCACUGAUGAAAGACAUGCACAUACGAGAUGAAAGAUGGACGUCGGUUGUGUGUGAAACCAAAGCAAUAAAUGCGUGGCUAAGCCUCACCUGACCUGAGCAGAGAUCUCUUUCCGCACUUGGUACUUUGAUCAGACAGCUCGCAAGCUUAAGGUUUCUGUGAAACCGCUCUCUCCAAGGGAGAGCGACGAUGGAUUUGAGGAGCUUUGACGUCCUCCGAUGGCUCAU